GGAAUGGGGAGGCCAGGCAGAGUGAACCAAACCAUGGUUUCAGACUUCCUCCUUCUAGGACUCUCUGAGCAGCCAGAGCAGCAGCCUCUCCUAUUCGGCAUCUUCCUGGGCAUGUACUUGAUCACUAUCGUGGGGAACUUGCUCAUCAUCCUAGCCGUCAGUUCUGACCCACAGCUUCACACUCCUAUGUACUUCUUUUUGGCCAACCUCUCAUUAACUGAUGCCUGUUUCACUUCUGCAUCCAUCCCCAAAAUGCUGGUCAACAUUUAUAGUCAGAGCCAGAUCAUUUCCUAUUCUGGGUGCCUUACACAGCUGUAUUUUCUUCUUUUUUUUGGUGGCCUUGACAACUUCCUCCUGGCUGUGAUGGCCUAUGACCGCUAUGUGGCUAUCUGUCAGCCACUCCAUUACAGCACAGCCAUGAGUCCCCAGCUCUGUGCACUAAUGCUGGGCAUGUGCUUGCUGCUAACCAACUGCCCUGCCCUGAUGCACACAUUGUUGCUGACCCGUCUGGCCUUCUGUGCCCAGAAAGCCAUCCCCUAUUUCUACUGUGACCCCAGUGCCCUACUAAAGCUUGCCUGUUCUGAUACACACAUUAAUGAGCUGAUGAUCAUCACCAUGGGCCUGCUGUUUCUCACUGCUCCCCUCAUGCUAAUUGUCUUCUCCUAUGCCCAAAUUUCCUGCGCUGUGUUUAGCAUUUCCUCACCUGGAGGGAGGUGGAAAGCCUUCUCGACCUGUGGUUCUCAUCUCACAGUGGUCCUGCUCUUCUACGGGUCUCUGAUGGGUGUGUAUUUACUUCCUCCAUCAAUGAACUCUACAGAGAGGGACAGUAGGGCUGCCAUUCUUUAUAUGGUGGUCAUUCCCAUGCUAAACCCAUUCAUCUACAGCUUAAGAAACAGAGACAUGAAGGAGGCGUUGGGUAAACUUCUUGGCAGUGGGAAGACAUACUUCUUACCAUGUCAGUGA